AUGGAUGAGGAGUUACAGAAACGAAACACAGAUUGCGUCUACUUCCUGGCCUCUCCUCUCACCUGCAAGAAGGGGAUGGAAUGCGAGUAUCGGCACAGUGAGAUGGCCAGGCUGAACCCAAGGGAUUGCUGGUACUGGAUGUCUGGGAGCUGUCUAAAUCCAACCUGUGCUUUUCGGCACCCUCCAUUGGAUGCAGGCACUGAGGCAUCCUCUGAUGCUGCCCCUCCACACAAUCAAUCUUCUGUAACCACGAGCAAGACAAAAGUUCCCUGUUACUUUUAUUUCAAUGGGUUUUGCAACAAGGGUGACCGGUGCUCUUUUCUGCAUGGACCUGAAGAUGGUGCACCUGCUUUGAUACCCUCAAAGACAGCUUCUGCAGUCACUGAUGCACUAAGCAUGGAUAAAAAGACAUCAGCAGCAGGUGAUGCAGGAUCUGCACCAUUAACAGCACGCCCUAAAGCAUAUGAAACUGUCCUGAAGGAAACAGCAGGCAUACAGGUUAAGGCUAAACAUGAUCUCCACCAGUUCAGUCCUCAUAAUUUGGCUGAGCAGAGUACUGCUCCACAUGUCUCAGCAUCUGCAUGUGAAGAAGCUGCAACGGUUAGGUUGGACACAUUACUUCCUGCAGAAGGCUUUGAGCAAAACAGAUCUCUUCAAUGUUCUGAUCAAAGUUCAGAGGAUCCAGUGGAUGGCCAUAUUGAGCGAGAGGAGUGGUUGGAGUCCCCCCCAGGUUUUGAUGUUCUUGUAGAUAAUGGGUCAGAGAACUUGGGUAAUGAAGAUGAUACAGAGUACUUGUUGGAUGGGGAAGGCAGAGAGCUGAAUGGCCAAUUUGUGGGUUAUGAUUAUGAAGAUCCUGAGUAUGACCCUGCAUGCCCAGAUGUGGGAAUUUUGUAUGAACAAGAGAUGCAUUCUUAUGAUCUUUUGGAUGAUGAGAACACUUAUGAUUAUGGGAGAAAAAGUCCUGUGCACUCAAGGGAGACAAUGUUGGAUCAUGUUUCACCACGGAAAAGGAAAUUCUUACCAAUGGAGCAGUCAUUUAAUGGCCGGAGUGGUAUGGAUCUUAGAGACCAUUUGAGGAAACGGAGGGUGAUAGAUGUACCUUCUGGGAACCAUUUCUCAAGAAGACCCCAUUCAUCUCGUCUGAUUGGUCGAAUCGGGGAUAGGCCCCGAUGGCAGGGUACUCAGCGGCCGCAUAGUAGAUUGGCAUCACGAGUGGAAAAUAAUAACACUGGAUCACACUUCGAGAAUGAAGCUCUAUCUAAUGGUGCCAACCAGCAAGGCAGAUCGAUACAUUCUCGCAUAAACAUGUCUGGGCAGCAUUUUAAGGAAAAGAGGCUAGGUAGACAGCAGUUUCUUUCAUCUGAAGUCCCAAGGAAGGCUGCUUCAAAGAAGCUGAGGUCUACUGAAGAUUCUACUUUGUUUACUGGGCCCAAGACCCUUGCCCAACUUAAGGAAGAGAAGAAAAAAACACAAGAAAAUGGAGAUUCCUUUGGGACAACAGGGCCAUCGGACUUUACAACAUCAGAAGAAUUCCAGGGUCCUAAACGGCUCAGCGAAAUCCUGAAGGACAAAAGCGGGUAG